AUGGACAAUAGAAAGCGUAAUAUAUGGGGUCACGUCUAUAACAAAGAGAACGAUGACAUUGAUAUUGUAGAUUUGACUAUACACAAUCUUGCAAAACGUUUGAAGAAAGAAGAUCCAACAAUUGGAAGGGAAGCAUCAGUCUAUGUUCCAAAACCACUACAAGACAUUAAGAAAGAAUCUACAAACAUAAAUCAAGAGAACAAUUAUAAUUCUCAGUAUGCCGUACACGCUUACAAUCUCUUUUCUGACCAUAUUCAACAAUCGCCUUACAUGCUGCCGGAACCCACGUAUAUGCCAUACUCUGAUCUCACAGAUCCCUACCAAUCAGACUUUCAAUCAUACGAAUGUCAAACACAAGCCGAUGAAACAGCUACUUCCCUUUCUCAAAUACUCAACACUGAUUCAUCUUACACUUUGAACAAUAUAUUUUCCUCCGAGAUCAGUUCUCCUUACUUUAACCAGGACGCUCAAUAUAGUCUCUCUACAACACAACAGCCCCUUCCUUCAAUAUCUUCCACAAACCUUAUAGAUUCGCUCCCUACAGACUCUAGUACUCUCCAUCCCAUAAAUUCUCCCUCUAUAGACUCUACUUCUCUCCACUACGUAAAUUCUCCCUCUACGGACUCUACUUAUUCAACGAGCGAAAUGUCGGACGAUCCGUUUGACGACAAUGCUGUUAAAGAUGCAAUGAAACAGUUAGAUACAGCCGAUGGACACAUACCUGGACUCAUUCCAAAGUUAUUUGCUCAUCAAGUUAUUGGAGUUUCUUGGAUGGUUGGCCAAGAGAAAAGGUCAACGACGGUCAAAGGAGGUAUAUUGGCCGACGAUAUGGGCUUGGGAAAGACCAUCCAAACAAUAGCAACAAUUCUUAUCAAUCAGCCCAAGGAUGAUGAACCCAAAACCACGCUUAUCGUUGCUCCUUCUUCGUUGGUUUAUGUUUGGGACGAUGCAAUUAAGAAACAUGUCGAUGAAGGUCAAUUUAAUGUGCAUGUCCAUCACGGUCCUGGGCGCACGCUUCGUAUGAAGGACCUCGAAGCACAUGAUAUUGUCAUUACUAGUUAUGACAUUAUUCGAGCCGAGGCGCGCAAGGACAACCGCGGUCCUUCAGUUCGUGCUCAUUGGUAUCGUAUUGUACUUGAUGAAUCUCAUAUUAUUAAGAACCAUCGUAGUCGAGGUAGCUUGGCAUGCAGCGAAUUACAUGCCACUUAUCGGUGGUGUCUGACUGGUACACCCAUUCACAAUAAAGUUGAUGACCUUUUUUCCCUAUUCCGUUUUCUUAAUGUGGAAACAUAUGGAGAAUGGGAUGAAUUCCGUCGGUUGUUCCGCAACACUUAUUACCAAGAUAAACUAUCUCAACAGAAUGUACUAUCACGAGUUAUGCUCCGAAGGACAAAGACGUCAAAGUUGGGUGGAAGGCCAAUUUUGAACCUACCGGAAAGGGUACCGGAAAGUGUGAAACUGGAGUUUUCGACUGAAGAAAGGGAGUUUUAUGACGCACUGGAAAAACGUGCGGCGGUAAUCUUUAACAGAUAUAUGAAGAAAAACAAUGUAAUUAAGAACUAUGCGCAUAUUCUAUCACUAUUGCUGUCGCUUCGAAGGGCGUGUGAUCACCCGUUUUUGGCUCAGCAAAGUAUAGAGUUCAACGAAUCGCUUCAAGCUGAUUUAGGCAAAGCGCUCAAGUCGAUGCCAGAUGGGACUCUAACCUGGCAACAGUUGCUUCCUGUACAAGAAGAGCCAGUACAGAAUCCAGUAGAAGAUGCAACAGUCAUACAUAUCGGUGCAGAAAGCAACCCUUCCAGAGACCUUUUAACAAACAACUCUCUUUCUAAUUUCAAAACCGAAAUUCUAACUCCCCCGUUAUCCGACAACUCUGCAUCUAUCUCGACCGCUGGCGGUUAUUGCUCGGUGAUGGAUUCUGAACGUAGUCUUAGUUUCGGUCAAACAAUCGAUUCUACAUCGCAGUAUAAUUCAGAGUUUUAUGGCGAAGUUAAUAAUGAAUGGACAAGAGUGAAACUCGAAUCCGAAGUGUCUUUUGUAUCGACGACGACUGAAAUAUCAAGAGACAGUGGAUACGGAGAGGAGUUGUAUAAUCCUAUAGAAUUGAACACGAAACCCAGUAUAAAUGAAACCGCAUCCGAUUGCAAUCUCCCAUCUGUUGAGGAUUUGCUUACAUUUCCAUACGGAGAGUUAGAGACUCAAUUGGCAGACGAUCUGCCAAAAAAUGAAUUAAUUGAUAAAAUAGACAACACCUCAAUAAACGCAUUAGAUAUGAAAUCAAUCACUCCUCACAUCAGUUCAUUGAGCAACAUACUCAAUACUACCUCUUCAAUUACACAACUGCCAACUCCACAACCUCAACUGUCCGAGGGUUCCGAUUGCGAUGGUCAAUCUCCUCCUCCUGCAGUUGAUAUGUCCGUACUAGCGUCAGGUUCCGAGCUAGUCCCAUCCACUAAAAUCACUGCUCUCGUUAACGACUUGUGUGAAGUCACAAAGGCAGAGCCUGAUUCUAAGAUUGUGAUAUUCUCGCAGUGGUUGGGAAUGUUGGACAUUGUCGAAGAAGCUCUGGACGAAUACAAAACUUGUCGGUAUGAUGGCACAAUGAACGUUUUAGAAAGACAAAAAAUAAUAAAUAAAUUUGAUACUGAUCCAUCGGUUAAAAUUCUCCUAAUCUCUCUUAAAUGCGGUGGACUUGGAUUGAAUUUAACUGCUGCUAAUAGAGUAUAUUUGUUAGAUUGCUGGUGGAAUCCGGCCGUUGAAGAACAAGCAAUAGAUAGAGUGCAUCGCAUUGGGCAAACAAAGAAUGUCACAAUAAAGACAUUCACCGUAAGCAAUACUGUUGAAGAUAGAAUACUUGUGCUCCAACAACGGAAGCGAGAAAUGGCAAGCAACGCAUUGAGCGGAGUGACAGUGAAUGACACUGUUCGACUCACUACGCAAGACCUCGCCUUCCUUUUCAAUGUAAACAAUGCAUCCAGAGUGUUGAUUGCUGCCAAUAGGCUAUUGCUAUCAGCUGAAAAACCGGUUGCCAAUGAUACUGAAGCCAAACCUACAGUCUUCACCACUUGGUUUACGAAUGCACACAAAGCAGCAGCAUGCAUGCGGAUAAACCCUGAGCAGAUACAAGAAGAAAAAGCAACAACUUGUUCUGCAGGAGUUGGCUAUGCUGGAAGAAUGUAG